AAGGACUCUCACUGUGAUCGUCUGUAAACACCACCAACACGUGCGUGGCAAGGGGCGCACCAUUACACGGCCCUUACAGCACUGAAGAAGGCACACCAUCACCACCAACAACAGUAUUUAGCGAGCUGCAUCUUUGGCCGUGGUUUCAUGGCCUACCCAGAACCUUAAAACACCGAAGAAAAGCUGUGAGGUCCGUGGCAGCUGUCAGCACCCAACCCUUGAGUCAAGCAAGACCAGCCCAGACAUUCUUGAAGGUAGAGCGAACAAUAUCACGGUGUGCCCUGAAGGUCGCCUUCAUCACCAAGAUGCAGAAAAGCAAGAAGAAAAACACUGACACCAAUGAUGAAAUUCGCCAGUUCAAGGCCAUGAAGCAGGAUGAAUACAAGACUUCAAAAACAGCAGCCAAGGAUGAUGAAGAUGGUGGUGUGAAGGCAAUCCUAGACACUUAUGGGAAGAAGGGAGCUAAAAGGAAGCCUGAAGAAGAAGAUUCAUCUGAAAAGAAGGACUGGAAGAAAUUAAAAGCUGAGAAAAAGGAACUCAAGAUGAAGCGCAAGGAGAAGAAUCUAGGAAGUAGUGAAAGGUAUGAGCUGAGUGUUCAAACCAAGAAAAUAUGGGAAGAAUUACGACAGGCAAAUUGUAAGAAGGAACGUCAAAAAGAAUUAUGCAAAGAGCUGAUGUCAAAGGUGCAAGGCAAAUUGAAAGCCAUGAUUUAUGCCCAUGAUACAGUAAGGGUUAUUGAAACCCUUUUAGCUAAGGGAGGAGAGGAAUACCGCACCUUAGUAUUUGAGGAGUUGAAGGAUGAUCUUGUCAGUCUCAGUAAAAUUAAAUACUCUCGAUUUUUUGUCCUGAAAAUUCUGAGGUAUGGGAGUAGGGCACAAAAAGAUCAUGUUAUCAGUUCACUCAAGGGCCAAGUGGUGAAACUAAUGAAACAUAAGACUGCCAGUGAUGUUGUAGAACUUGCAUUCAAUGAUUAUGCCAAUGCCAAACAACGCUCAAUGAUGAUUCAAGAAUUUUUUGGACCUCAGUUUCGUCUUUUUCAUGAAGAUGAUAUCAAAUGCUUAGAUGAUGCCCUGAAGAAGCACCCAGAGAUGAAGGAAUACAUCUUGAAGGAUUUACGUACUGCUCUACAGCCAAUAAUUGAUAAGGGAGUUUUUACUAACACCAUGGUUCACACACUGAUGAAGGACUUUCUCUCUCAUUGCUCAGUAGGAGAUCGAAAUGGUGUCAUAGAGGCCCUGAAGGAAUCUUUGGUGCCCAUCAUUCACACAAGGGAUGGAGCUAGAGUAGCCAUGUUGUGUUUGUGGCAUGGUACAAACAAGGAUCGAAAAACCAUCCUUAAAUCUUUCAGGACCCACUUUGUUAAAAUUGCCACAGAGGAACAUGGACAUAUGGUGCUACUUGCUGCUUUUGAUUGUGUUGAUGACACACAGUUUAUGAAGAAAGUAGUUUUGUCAGAGCUUAUGGAUGAACUGGAUAAGCUGGUUGGGUCAGAUUAUGGACUGCGGGUGUUACGAUAUCUUAUAGCUCCACGCAGCCCAACCUUUUACCAGCCCAGUGUGUUAGCAGUGCUGGCUCAAGGUGAUGGUAACCAGGCUAGCAAAAAAGAUACAGAUAUUAGACAACGGGAACUGCAAGGAGUGGUGAGUCUCCCUAUUUUAAGAUUGCUUCUGGGCAAUUUAGAGCACUGGGCAGUAAAUCCCAAUUGGACAUUAUUCAUAGGAGCAGCAGUGAAGACUUUAGUAGGACCAGAGAGAGACACCAUAUUCCAUAAACUAGCAGAGAUGUAUGCCCAACCUUACAUUCCUGGAACAGAGGGUCAUGUACUGGAGCUGGCUCACACCACCAAAAUGGUCACAUAUAUCAUAAAAUGUGACAAAGAACGGCAUGAAACACAGCAAGUUACUUUCAGUUCAGUUUUGAUCAAGAAAGCAGAAGAAGAACUGGUGGGCUGGACCAACUGCAACCGUGGCUGUUUUCUUCUUACCAACAUGAUGGAGACUGAAAUACCAGAAAUUGUCUCCCAUAUCAAAAACUUGAUAACACCACACAAGAGUAAUUUAGAAAAACAGAAAUUUGCUGGUGCACAAGUGCUUUUGAAGAAAAUUUGAAGAGGUAAUUAGUUAAUAUCUGUAGGUUGUCUCCAGUAAAUUUUAAGUGUUGACGUUCAAUGUUUUACCAAUAGUAUUGGUGAUGUGCUGUCACCAAUCAAUCAAAUUACUGAAUUGUUAUGUUAUUAUUUUGAGUAAACAGAUCAGCCCUGUUUUGUUGAUAGAUAUUUGAUGUUGGAGUUGUUGACAUUUUGGUAAGUUCUGAAAAAGCAAAAGAAUACACAUCAAUAGGAAACUUUAUUGUGAAUAUCACAAUUUGAGUGAAAUUUGAGGGACACAUGGAAGGGUUGAGCCCCACCAUUGUGGGGUAAUUAGUCAAGUUAUCACUCAUCCUCACCACCGAGCCUCCACCUCCCACCACAACCUUUUGUGUUAUUGCAGUGAGGUCAUGACUAGAGGGUUUUGUACAUCUGCUUGAUGUGAUGGGCUGACUUGGGAACUUGCAAGUGUACAUGUGCCUGGUGCACUCCUACUUCACUGGUUUGUGCUAGAUAAGCCCCCCACCCCAGAAAACAAAUGGCAAGUUAGAUGUUGCACAGAAAUAUAGCUGCAGCUUGAAAACUUCAGUAGAUUUUUUUUUUGCAUGGUGAGGCAUCAUAUAGCAUUUUUUGUUUGUUUUAUGAAGUAAGAAACUGCAGUAGCAUACUCUGUCAAGUGGCUAGUAUUUUCCAAGUACUAUAUUGCAAAUGGAGAAAUACUAGAUACUCAUUUAAACAAAAUCUUACCUAAGCUUGUCACUUAUGUGAAAUUUGGUGGCAAAACAAAUUCAAUGUAAAUAUUUUUUGAGUAGCUAUUGAACCAGGCUUACACCUAAUUGGCAGUGUACACAAGUUUAUUUUUUAAAUGAUUUCAAAUAAGCAAUUAUUGCUGCAAAAGUUUCAGAUUAUUAAUAGUAUAGCUAUAGGAUGACAAGUUUCUACCAGGAAAUCUAUUCUUCACCAUUGUGUCAAGCAUUUGCAAAUAACUGUUGAAUACCUUUGUAUUGAGCAAUGGGUUGCAAUAAAGUAAUUAAUAAUUUAAA